AUGUUAGGAAGAGUGGAGGCUGUGGUGGAGCCGGCUGUGGAGGAGCCGGCUGUGGUGGAGCCGGCUGUGGAGGAGCUGGCUGUGGAGGAGCUGGCUGUGGAGGAGCUGGCUGUGGAGGAGCCGGCUGUGGAGGAGCUGGCUGUGGAGGAGCUGGCUGUGGAGGAGCCGGCUGUGGUGGAGCCGGCUGUGGAGCCGAAUGUGGUGGAGCCGGCUGUGGAGCCGAAUGUGGUAGAGCCGGCUGUGGAGCCGAAUGUGGUGGAGCCGAAUGUGGUGGAGCCGGCUGUGGAGGAGCCGGCUGUGGAGCCGAAUGUGGUGGAGCCGGCUGUGGUGGAGCCGGCUGUGGAGGAGCCGGCUGUGGAGCCGGCUGUGGAGGAGCCGGCUGUGGAGCCGGCUGUGGUGGAGCCGGCUGUGGAGGAGCCGGCUGUGGAGGAGCCGGCUGUGGAGGAGCUGGCUGUGGAGGAGCCGGCUGUGGAGGAGCCGGCUGUGGAGGAGCCGGCUGUGGAGGAGCCGGCUGUGGAGGAGCCGGCUGUGGUGGAGCCGGCUGUGGAGGAGCCGGCUGUGGAGCCGGCUGUGGAGGAGCCGGCUGUGGAGCCGGCUGUGGUGGAGCCGGCUGUGGUGGAGCCGGCUGUGGUGGAGCCGGCUGUGGUGGAGCCGGCUGUGGAGGAGCCGGCUGUGGUGGAGCCGGCUGUGGAGGAGCCGGCUGUGGAGGAGCCGGCUGUGGUGGAGCCGGCUGUGGAGGAGCCGGCUGUGGAGGAGCUGGCUGUGGAGGAGCCGGCUGUGGUGAUGCCCGCCCACCAUCUCCUGCACCCGAGCUGCUGGGAACGUGAGAAAAUCAUGGACGACGACGGCGGGGAUCUGCUUCGCCUUCUGUUGGCCCCGGGGUCCUAG